UCUGGCGACACUUCUGUCGUCGCUAGCUCCCUUCUCGGAGGACGUACCUGCUCCUGGUGGCCCUGAGGGCGGCAGGCCAGGGGCGACCCAGAAAGUAAGAGGCUGCGGGACAGCAGUCCGCAGGUCUCUGGGGCUAAGUGUCGCAGCAGCGCACCUCGCAGAGAGAAUCCGGAGGAGGAGGAGACUGCGAGGAUAGGCCCAGGAGUAAUGGAGUCCAAAGAGGAACAAGUGGUAAAAGAUCUCAACAUGGAUAAUACCAACCAGGAAAAUGAAGAGAAGGCUGAAAAGGAGCAAGAUGCUAAUAAAGGGGAGCCCUUGGCCCACCCUUUGGAAUACUCUGUUCCUAGAGGAAAUCGUAGGCGAUUCCGCGUUAGGCAGCCCAUCCUGCAGUAUAGAUGGGAGGUAAUGCACAGGCUUGGAGAGCCACAGGCAAGGAUGAGAGAAGAGAAUAUGGAAAGGAUUGGAGAGGAGAUGAGACAGCUGAUGGAAAAGCUGAGGGAAAAGCAAUUGAGUCAUAGUCUGCGGGCAGUUAGCACCGACCCCCCUCACCAUGACCAUCGUGAUGAGUUUUGCCUUAUGCCCUAAAUCCUGAUGUUUUCCCUGAAGUUAAUAGGGAGACCCCUGCUUCCUAAACUUACAUAUUUGUGAUGUACGUUUGUGGUAAACCUUUUGAUGUUACUUGUUUCAUGUGGGUCUCCUAUUACCAGCUUCUGAUUGAAUGUUGUGUUUUUGACCCAGUUUGUAAGUUUCUGUCAGCAAGGGAGUUUUGCCUAUUGCAUGGAAAGAUGCUCAUUAUAUAUUGUGAAAUUAAUAAAGCAGUUUAAAAAAGCA